AGUCUUAAGUCAGGAGGGAUCAGGGAUGAACGUAAAAAAUAUUACUGAAAGACGUUUGUGUGAUGUUACAUUAAUCAUUUGCAAUGAGGAACCAAAGUCUGUGUGUCACCUUCAUUCUUUUUUGGAUGAACAUUGUGUUUAUUGGCGCUGUACGAAAAGAUAUUUGUGACAAAUGUGUCCGUAUUUCUGAUUGCCCAGCCUUUGCGAAAAUGAAUUCCCGACAACAACAGGCAUGGCUUCAACAAUUUCCUUGUAAAGGCCCAAGUGAUAGCGAAAGACCCUCGAUUUUUGGAUUCUCACCCGUUGCGAAAGGAGACUAUGUAUGUUGUCCAAAUUCUAAUAUUUGGGGAAUAGAUAAUGGGUACCAAAACCAACAUCAGAAGCCUGUUCCAAUAAGACCUAAUGAAAGGGGACAUCGUAACUAUCAAAGUCCUGAUUUUAAUAAUCCAGGUGCAUUUACUGGACAGCAAAACAGUUUACCAGGAAAUCCUGAUUUUGAAAAUGGUAUGGGAGUUGAUACAAAAAUACCCCAUCCAUUUGGAAAACAUCCAGGAACUUUUGGUGGAGACUUUAAUGGAAACCCACAAAAUGGACAAAAUAAUCAAGGCAUAUUUGACAAUAUGCCAAAUUUAAAUCUUCCGCAAUUCCCUAACAAUGGAAAUAACUUUGGUGGCCAACCGCAAAACGGGCAAUAUCCAAAUAAUAAUCAGUUUCUCAAUAGUAAUUUCCCAAAUAGUCAAUUUCCAAAUGGUCAAUAUCCAAGUUAUCAAUUUCCAAGCAGUCAAUCUCCAAACAGCCAUUUUCCGAAUAAUCAGUUCCCAAAUGAUCAAUUUCCUAGCCUUUCCGGACAAACACAAUAUCCCAAUAGUGGGGAACAGAAUAGCGGGAUUUUCAAUCAAGGUGGAUACCAACAAUGUCCGUCUCAUACAAACAUGAUUCCAGAUCCUUCUGCAGGUUGUUGCGGAAAAGAUGACUCUGAUUCUGUAAGAAUAACAGAUUUACAAAAAGUCCUUAGCAUGUAUGCACCUGAUAACUCCAAUAGAUAUCCAAGGCCUAACUAUUCUCCACGCCAAAAACCGCAAAGAUAUCCAUACUAUCAAAAUAGGCAAAAACGAUCCUUUGAUCAAAAUAACACAUCGGAUGAUAGUCUAGAAGAUAGAAUAGCAGGUGGAAAAGAAACCGAAUUAGAUCAGUUUCCAUGGACUGCUCUAUUGAAGGUAACCUUCGAUUACGGUAACAGAGAAGCUGCUUUUAGUUGCGGUGGUUCUCUGAUAAGCCAACGAUUUAUCCUAACUGCUGGUCACUGCGUUUAUGAAUCUGGAGCAAAAGUCUCAAGCGUUGAAAUUACACUAGCUGAGUAUGACAAAAGAACAUUUCCCAAAGACUGCAUAUCGGAAAUGGGCGGAAGGCGAGAAUGUAUUGAAAAUAUAAGAAUGUAUUCGGAAAAUAUUAUACAUCAUCCUGAAUAUGAUGACGAUCAGCUACAUAAUGAUAUUGCACUUAUAAAAAUUCGUGGAUAUGCUCCCUAUACGCGUUUUAUAAGGCCUAUCUGUCUUCCGCCGUUAAAUAUCGAUGACCCUGAUUUAUCAAACCUUCCCCUCUCUGUGGCGGGAUGGGGUCGCAACGGUGCUUAUGAAACUAAUAUCAAACAAUCGACUGUAGUUCAUUUGGUGCCCCAUGACAAAUGUUUGAAGUCAUAUCCUCAAUUGACGGCUUCUCACCUAUGUGCAGCCGGUCGCACCGGUGAAGAUACUUGUAAAGGCGACUCAGGAGGUCCUUUGAUGAUGUUAUAUCGAGGAAAUUAUUAUAUUAUUGGUGUUGUUAGUGGCAAAAGAGCUGACAGUCCAUGUGGAACGUCAGUACCUUCACUUUACACAAAUGUCUAUCAAUAUGUACCUUGGAUAACAAGUAAUUUAAGAAAUUGAACUUAAAAUUUAUUAUUAUAGAUUUUUAUCACUGUUGUAAGAUAAUUUCGUUUUAUUAUAAAACUGUAUUUAAAAUGUAACUGACAAUUUAUAAGGAAAUUAAACAUAAGA